AAGUUCCAUAUCCACGGUUUUGAUCUGUCUGAGACACACACCCACACGGCCCCAGCAAAACAGCAGCAAAGAAGGAGGGCCCUAGCCGGCUGCAGUUCGGCGAGCAAUCAGCCAAGUCCGGUGCCGCCAUGGCAUUAGCAGCGAACACCCACGGACGAGUCGUCCACACCUGCACCCUCUCCUCCAAGCCGCCCACACUUUUCAGCAGGAGCACGGCCGCUGUACCCGGACACCAUGCCCACUCGCUGCGAGCUCGGUUUGAGGUCCGAGCUAUCGCCGAGCGGGCAACAUGGCUUCCUGGACUAGACCCGCCGACGUACCUCGACGGCACGCUACCUGGUGAUUACGGGUUCGAUCCACUGGGGCUCGGAGAGCAACCUGAAGACUUGAAGUGGUAUGUUCAGGCCGAGCUUGUGCACUGCCGGUUUGCCAUGGCAGGGGUUGCCGGCAUCCUUGGAACCGAUUUGAUCCGAGUAUCAGGAAUCAGCAACCUACCGGUGUGGUUUGAAGCAGGUGCUACAAAAUUUGACUUCGCCAACACCACAGCUCUCUUCUUUGUCCAGCUUCUCUUGAUGGGAUUUGUCGAGACCAAGAGGUAUAUGGACUUUCUUCAUCCAGGUUCACAAGCAAAGGAAGGGACAUUCCUUGGGAUAGAAGCCUCACUUGAAGGCUUACAGCCAGGAUACCCUGGUGGUCCAUUAUUUAAUCCAAUGGGACUUGCCAAAGACAUAGAGAAUGCACAUGAAGUGAAGUUGAAAGAAAUUAAGAAUGGGAGAUUGGCAAUGAUUGCUAUGCUUGGCUUUAUUGUGCAAGCAUCUGUGACUCAUGCUGGGCCCAUCGAUAAUCUUUUGACACACCUUUCAGACCCGUUCAACAAAAAUAUCGUUCAUGCACUCACCUCUUCGUGAAAACUCUCAUCCCCAAAUUUUGUAUCUUCUUUUGUUUUUGCAACUAAAGAUGUAGCACAACAAAUCACAACGAUUUAAUUACAGGAUGCACCCUUUCUCCGAGCUCCUCGGUUUCAAGGUUUUAUCAAUCACACAAAUUGAAUACCAAACUUCUGGGGCCGAAAAUAUUAGAACGUCGACACACAGUUGCCAGUACAGGUGGGACAACAAUUGUAAUUUCUUGAAAUGCAAACAAGAUAUACUUAUAGUUUGUUGAAACAAAUGAUGUUUCUGGUUC